UUUAUUUCUCAUUGAAAUUCUGCAAAUAAUUGUUUUUUCAAUGAUAAGUUUUCAGUUUUUAGUUGGAUGAAUAUGGUUCCGACAACUUAGAUCAUCAUCGAGUUUGAUGUUUUUUUCUUUCUGUGUUUAGUUAAUUUAUUAGAGGAUUUGAUUCUAAACUGCAAAGAGUGAUUGUUUGGUUGGUAAGUUAAAUAAUGUUGACAAGAAUCAAUCUGCCUUUGAUUGGUUAUUAAGAUUAGGAACUAAUACUUCAACUUCCUUUAAAGCAAAACAUCAGAUUCUAUUGUUCAAAAAGUUUUGGUGAUGGAUCUUGUUGUCUUGUAAUAAAGAUUCCAACUUUGAUUAUGAUAAGGGGCGAACCCAGAAUUAUUUUUAUGUGGGGUCAUAGUGUGGGUAAAAUUUUGUCAAAAACAAAAAUAUUAAGAAAUGAAGUCACUGAGGGGUUUCGAUCCCAGGUUUGCGGGUUCAGCACCAAGCUUCCUAACCAAAUACGCUACUGUCAACUAUCGAUUUUAUAAUAUAUUUGUGGUGUCAUAUGACACCAUAACUCUUAACGUGGGUCCGCCACUGAUUAUGAUUCAUUGUCUUCUAUGAAUGAGUUAUGGUGUGAAAUGAUGGCAGCAGCAGAAGCAAGAGCAGUGUGGCAAAGAACAGCCAACCGUUACUUUGUCCAAGAAGACUCUAAAAGAGCUCCCAAGCUAACAACCUCUUCCCACUCUUCUUCAUCAUCAACGAAACAGGUUCAAGAAGAUCCUGUCUCUUCUCCUCCUCCUGUUGUUCGUCCACAGAACCAACCAUCUUCUCCAGGUUUCAUGCCUCUGAAUAUUCCUCUUCUGUUGGGUCAUCACAUUCAAGAAGAUUUGCUCCUGGGAUGGACUGUUGGAUGGAUGUAGUUGAUAUCUUUGUAGUUCAAAGCGAAGAGGAGAAUAGAGAGAGACCUGGAAAGUUUUGUUUUUUUUUCUUUGAAAAAUGUAACUCUUCUUGAAAUGAGUUUUUUAAGAUUUACUUGUAUUGUAAUGCUGCAGCUUAUGGAUUUGGUUAAAUGAGAGAAUGUAAUUUGUUGUAAGAAUUUUGUUAAAUAUUGUGUGUUUAUAAUA